AUGAAGCUAAACUCUUCAAAGUGCUCUGUCAUGACCUUUGGUCGUUCGCACAACCUGCACCAUUUUCAGUAUAGUAUUGAACAGGACCAACCUCUAGGAAGAGUGUCCUCGAUAAAGGAUCUGGGUGUUACAUUUUCAUAUGACUUCUCAUUCAAUGAGCAUGUUAACGACCGAUGUAGAAGAGCUUACAGGAUGCUGGGCUUCAUCACUAGGUCAACCCGCGGUAUGACAAAUCCCAUUGUCUUGAAGACCAUGUACUCAUCCUUUGUGCGUCAACUCCUGGAGUAUGCUAGCCCUGUCUGGUCUCCCUACCAUCUGGGUCUUAUUGAGAAACUGGAAGCUGUGCAUAGGAUGUUCUAA